UUUUUUUUUAAUUAACACUGAAACCCCCUCUCCCUUUCGUUAUUCAUGUUGGCUCCUUCCCCCUUCGUAAAUCCAAAAGUAUUCUAGAAAUCUGAAUCUCUCUCUCUCUCUCUCUCUCUCUCUCUCUCUCUUUCUCGCUGAGCUCGGAUCUCCGUUUCGGCCCGUGGUGCUUUAAUGGAAGCUCGCCAGAUUUGUACCCAAAGGACGAGGAAAGUGGACGUGGUCGGCUGCCGCUGAGGUGGUGGUGGUGGUGGUGGUGGUGAACCCCUAGAGAUCUCUGCCGGUGUUCCUCCGGAUUCGCGAGGGAGGAGGGGGACGAUCGAUCGGACAGCAAGGAUGCAGGCCAAUGGAGUAGAGGAAUCGUCCAUCGAUCACAAGCCGCCGCCGCCGGCCGACACCAGGGGGAAGCACCGGAUCUUAGCCGAGCUGAAGCGAUUGGAUCAGGAGGCGCGGUUCCUAGAGGAAGAGUUGGAAGAGCUUGAGAAAACGGAACGAGUAUCAGCUACUUUGCAAGAAUUGCUGCUUGAAGUGGAAAGCAGGCCAGAUCCUCUGCUUCCAGAAACAAUUGGACCUGCAAACCCGUCUUGGGACCGGUGGUUUGAAGGACCUCAAGAUCUGCAUGGCUGCAAGUGCUGGAUACUGUGAUUCUUAUUGAAAGGGAGAUCCAGUGAUACUUAUUUUUGACUUUUUGUUUGGUAGAUAUUGUUUCAGACUACUUGUUGGCAUGGUUUUGAAAAGAAGAUGUGUUGAAAGAGAAUUUGUUUUCGAUGCAACAGUGUAAAUUCUUUUGAAGCGAACCAACUCCUUAUUUUAUACACCAUAAUUUGAUUUGCAGAAUUGGAAUGAGAAAAGGGUGAAAAACACUGACUCAUACGGAAA